AUGUUUGUCGAAUAUAUUUGUUCUAUCGGACUUUUGUUGGUGGUUUCCGCUAGUGGAGCCGCCAUAUCCGAUUUAUCUGUCGCAUCAACUAAAUUUGGACCUCAUUAUCAUCAACAUGGCGGACUUCAACAUUUUGUAACUCCUGUCGAAGGUUUUGUUUCUCCUGUUAUUGAACAAGGUGUUCAUAUUGCACCUGAAUCUCUUGCUUACGGAGCCGGAGUUGGAGUUGGACACGGAGUCGGAAUCGGUAGCCACGGUGUCGCAAUUGAAUCUGUUGGAGGUGCUGGUUAUGGAGUCGGUGCUGGACUCGGUGCUGGACUCGGUGCUGGAGUUGGAACCGUUGGACUCGGUGCCGGUGUUGGUGCCGCUGGACUUGGUGCCAGAGUUGGAGCUGCUGGACUCGGUGCUAGAGUUGGUGCUGUUGGACUUGGUGCCGGUGUUGGAGCCGCUGGACUCGGUGCCGGCGUUGGAGCCGUCGGAGUUGGUGCCGCUGGACUCGGUGCCGGAGUCGGAACCGGAUACACUGUUGUAGCUCAACCAGUUGUCGCCGCCGCUGGUGUUCCUCUCGUCGGUGGAGGAUACCGUGGAGGAUAUAACGGAGGAUACCAAAGUUCUGGACUCAACGAAGGAGCUUUGGCUUUAGGAAACAAAGGAGAACAUUUGUACAGAGAAGCCGUUGAUGGAGAAUUUAAAGAUGGUUCUUAUCAACGUAACGGAGGACAUAAAAAUGGUGGAUAUCACGGUGUAGAAACUUACAACGACAACAAACAUCAUUUAGCUGAUGAUCAUUCUGAUCAAAUUGUUUACAGUGGUGCCAACGGAUUAAAAUCCAAUCAAGGAAGUGGAGAACUUUACGACAAAAAUACCGGAUACGCUGUCAACUCAUACAACGCACUCGGUGACGAACAACUUAAAGGUUAUCAAAAGGGACACAAAAAAACCGGUUUCAAAAAAUCUUAUCACAAGGAUGAAUCCGGAAAUGACGAAACUUUUUACGACUCCGACCACGACGAAGGAAACUACGAAUUCGGUAAAAAAUAUGGAGACAAUUACGGUACAAAUUAUUUAGGAGGAUUAUCCGGUAAUAAAAAAUUCAACGAAUAUUCCGUCGGACAAGAUGGCAGACACGGACACGUUGAAAAUGGUAAACUCGUUGCUCAAAAUCGCGGAGUGAAAGAUUAUUACAACAAUAACGGUCACUACAACGAUGCCAAACACUAUGGCGGCUCUGGAGGAUAUCAAAGUUCAGAAACUGCCAAACUCGGUCUCAAUCACGGAUUUCAAAACGGUUACAAUAACGGAAAACGUUUGACCGGAUAUGAAAAUUCUAAAAUCGGAACCGGAUUCCAAUUGCCAUACGUUUAUUAA